UAUGCUCAAUGUCAUGGACAGGAAUGAGGUUUCACCGGCGUCUGCUGCCACCAUGAAAAAGAAGGCGGUGGGCGGCAGUGGAUGCAGCCACAUCGGCGCACAGAAGGCUGCUGCGUCCAAAUGCACAAGAAGCAACAGCAGCCAGAACUGCCUGGACUCCGGUUCUCCCGGCACACCGAGUGGUAAGCAGCCCGGUGCGGCCUGUAACGUCGUGAUGGACGAGACGGAGGACGGAGAAGAGGAGUCCAAGUUUCAGCAUCCGCGGUUGCGCCGAGCCGGGGGGAGCGGCAGCGGCGGAGGUGGAGGAGGAGGCGGCAGUAUCAGGAUGAAGAACUUUACGCCAGGAGGGGGAGCCGCGUCCUCGGGUUCCAGGAGAAACUCCAACAAGGAGCCCUGCCAUACGCACACAGAGGACUCUCCAGCCGCUCCACGGCCCACUGCUGCCUCCAGAGCUACCGAGACCCAGACACCCAGUCCGGGCGAUGCUGCCCAGCGCGGCGAGACCAGCAGAGCAUCUGGGGCGGAGGCGUCGGAAUCAGCGGUCGCGGUAGAGGUUUCAAACGCGACUGCGGGUGAUGGUUGCAAAAGCGUCGCUCCAAUUUCCAGCAUGAAAUGCAACAAAAACGGAGAAUGCAGGAGGGACUCGGGUACCGGGAGCCUGCGCUCAAUCAUCUCCAAGCAGGAGAAGCAGACAGGAGGGUCGGGGAGGGCCGAGGACGGUGGGAGCGCCAAGCGAGGAGCCUGUAACUCGACCACCGCCAGCAUGGACGGCUCGAUCACACCAGGCGGGUCCCUGACCGGGGGGCAAGGAGGAGAGAGCGUAAACCCUGGCACUACCCCCGUGUCUAGCGGUGUCCCCGAGAAAAAGGACUCCAAGGUGUCCUUUUCUAACGCACCGAGCCGGAAAGCCUCGUCCUCGCUGCACGGCCCGACUCAGACUCAGACCCAGCAGCCCAGGAACUCUGUCACUUUCCAGAAGCAGGAGGAUGGACCGCCAAUUGUGCCCGCCGAGGAUGCGGAGCCUCAGGGCAGCCAAGCCAGCUUCAUGCAGCGGCAGUUUAGUAGUAUGCUGCAGCCUGGAGUUAACAAAUUCUCUUUACGCAUGUAUGGUAGUCAAAAAGCAGUGGAGAGAGAGCAGGAGAGGGUAAAAUCAGCUGGAAAUUGGAUUAUCCACCCUUACAGCGAUUUCAGGUUCUACUGGGAUUUCACAAUGCUGCUGUUUAUGGUGGGCAACCUGAUCAUCAUCCCCGUGGGCAUCACCUUCUUCAAGGAUGAGACCACAACGCCCUGGAUCAUCUUCAACGUGGUUUCCGACACCUUCUUCCUCAUGGACCUGGUGCUCAACUUUCGCACUGGAAUCAUCAUUGAGGACAACUCGGACAUCAUUUUGGACCCUCAAACCAUUAAGAAGAAGUACUUAAAAACUUGGUUCAUUGUGGACUUUAUCUCCUCCAUCCCAGUGGAUUACAUAUUCCUCAUAGUGGAGAAGGGGAUCGACUCGGAGGUGUACAAGACGGCUCGGGCCCUGAGGAUCGUCCGCUUUACCAAGAUCCUGAGUCUCCUGAGGCUGUUGAGGCUCUCCAGAUUAAUACGCUACAUUCACCAAUGGGAAGAGAUCUUCCAUAUGACCUAUGACCUGGCCAGUGCGGUGAUGCGGAUCUUUAACCUGAUUGGUAUGAUGCUGCUGCUGUGUCACUGGGACGGCUGCCUACAGUUCCUCGUUCCCAUGCUGCAGGACUUCCCCUCAGACUGCUGGGUGUCCCUCAACAAGAUGGAGAAUGAUACCUGGUCAGAGCUGUACUCGUUUGCUGUAUUCAAGGCAAUGAGCCACAUGCUGUGCAUCGGUUAUGGCCGGCAGGCCCCGGAGAGUCUAUCAGAUAUCUGGCUCACCAUGCUGAGUAUGAUUGUAGGAGCUACUUGCUAUGCUGUUUUCAUUGGCCAUGCAACGGCUCUUAUCCAAUCCCUGGACUCCUCCAGACGGCAGUAUCAGGAAAAGUACAAACAAGUGGAGCAAUAUAUGUCCUUCCACAAGCUGCCUGCUGACUUCCGACAGAAAAUCCAUGACUACUAUGAGCACAGAUACCAGGGCAAGAUGUUUGAUGAGGAGAGCAUCUUGGGAGAACUCAGCGAGCCCCUCAGAGAGGAAAUUGUAAACUUCAACUGCCGCAAGCUGGUGGCAUCCAUGCCGCUGUUUGCCAACGCAGAGCCAAACUUUGUGACGGCCAUGUUGACAAAGCUGCAUUUCGAGGUAUUCCAGCCGCAUGAUUAUAUUAUAAGGGAAGGCACCAUUGGGAAGAAAAUGUACUUCAUUCAGCACGGAGUCUGCAGUGUCAUCACUAAAGGCACUCUGGCAAUGAAACUUUCUGAUGGCUCAUACUUUGGAGAGAUCUGCUUAUUGACGAGGGGUCGGCGAACAGCCAGUGUGCGAGCAGAGACUUACUGUCGACUCUACUCUCUAUCUGUCGACCACUUCAAUGAGGUGCUAGAGGAAUAUCCCAUGAUGAGACGCGCCUUCGAGACUGUUGCCAUCGACCGUCUAGACCGUAUAGGUAAAAAGAACUCCAUCUUGAUGCACAAGGUCCAGCAUGAUCUCAACUCUGGUGUCUUCAACAACCAGGAGAACGAAAUGAUCCAGGAGAUUGUCAAGUAUGACCGUGAGAUGGUGAAGCGGGUGGACCUGCAGCGGCCGCGGGCCAUGUCCAUGACCCCUUCCAUCGGCGGUAUCUUUGCUCCCCCUGGCCAGCCGUCAACAGGCUCCGCUAUCGCCACUCUGCAGCAGGCUGUGGCCAUGAGCUUUUGUCCUCAAAUGGCGAGUCCCCUGGUGGGUCCGGGGACUCUUCAGUCUCCUCGUAUGGUGCGAAGGUUCCAGGUGAUGCAGAACCUGGCCAGCCCAGUCUCAAUGUCUCCGCUUCAGUCUCAACCUCCUCAGACGUUUGGAGGGGCAUUUGGAUCUGCAAUCUCCAGCCCGCCUGUCCAAAGCCCGCUCGCAGCUUCAGGACGGACUUUCCAGUACAUGGCGAGCGCAGGACCCUCUGGUUCCCAGUUGUCCCUAGUACAGCACCAUGCACCCAGCCCCACACAGACCCAGCAGAGGCCUGCGUCACACAAGAGCACCCACUCCCUUCAUACAAGUAGCUUGAGCCAGGAUACCCGGGCCCUGUCUGCUUCCCAGCUUUCACUCCCCCAGGAGGGAACACCACAAGCUGCCUCUGCAGCCCCCAGCCCUCCACAAUCCACCCGCACGUCCAACAACUCCAUUGGUCCCCCUCAGUCCUCCCACCCCAGCCUGCCAGGGCCUUCAGGGGUGGGGAGAUCAGCAGGAGCUCAGCAGAGGGUGGCCUUUGCCUCCACACCCCCUCCUGGUGGACCUGCUGGAAUGGGGGCAGUAGCAGCAGCUGCUGGAUCAGGACCUCCAGACUCUGGAGUUCCCAAGAAAGAUUCAAUUGUCAGCCUUCCAGAGCUAGACUCUGCCAGAUCCCGGCUGUCUUCCAACUUGUGACCCUGGUAGAGUUCAGGAAAGAUGCCUUUUUUGUAGGAGAAUCUGUUUGUUUUAGGUCAGUCCAGCUGAUCUGUCAGCCUGCUAAAUGACCAAUCAGCUACCGCCGGCGCCACCAGUCAUUCAGCAUGGAUGCACUGUGUGCUGGUGUCAGCAGAAGGAAAAGAGCAACUCAAAGUCUUGAGACACUUUGGCUAGGAGGAGUCUAUACAAUUAAACUAGUAUAACUUAAGGUUGAACUGGUCUAGUCUACUGUGCCAGCACCUUUAGUCUUAGUAUCACCCCUUACACUCUGCUUCCAAACACCUACUGUAUAUCGCUGUCUUUACUGUAAAGAUAUGAAGAAAAGUAUGAUUCAUGUAACUAUUGCAUACUGUGUAGAAUCCAUGCAAUGCAAUCUAGCAGGAGCUGGACUUAAAAAUGAAAAUCAGGGACUUGAGAUCAAAUGACAAUGAACAUUUUAAGCGUUCAAAAAGUGUUUUGAGUGUAAUUUUUCCGUAUAAGCUGUCGUAGCAAAAGAACACAUUGCUCUUCAUAUUGUUUAAAAUAGUAGUGAAAAUAGUGUUUUAGACCGCUGGUCGAUCUUACAUCGAUGUGUAAAUAGUUGACGAAAAAAGUACGGAGGGAUAUUAUAUAUUCAUUGUAUCUACCCAAACCAAAGUUGAGCUUGAACACAAAGUCUGGUUGUGUCUGUAUCAACUAAAAAAGAAACAUAGAAGAAAAUGCCAUUUAUUUAACUGCCUUGAUUCAACGUUAGAAGCCAUAUAUUUGGUUUGUGUGUAUGUAUAUAUGUGGGUGUAAGUUUGUGCGCGUGAGUUUGUUGGUACGUUUCGGUUCUAUUUUCAGAGAAUGGACUCACACACUCUCUACACUUGCUUUGUCAAGCGCGAUUGGUUCGACACGCUGACGGUGGCACUGACCUGUUUUCAUGAAACAUCUGGGAGGCGGUCAGCUGUUUGGUCAGCGCGCUGAUUGUAACCCUGAAGGCAAAGGUGGUUAAAUAAUCUGAGCUUUAUCGAAAGGAAACAUUUGUGAACAACCCAUACUGUAUACUUGCUUGUUUUUGUCUAGGUUUAUUGAUUAACACAUGCAAUAUAAUUCUGCAAUACUCUACCCCGCCUAUAUAUAAAUAUAUAUGAAUAUAAAUAUCUAUACAUAUGCUGUACAGGAAAAGUUUUCUUUUUUGUUUUCUUUUUAAUGUGAAAUCUUAAAGAAUCCAGCAGCUAUUGUGGCUUCACUUGAAGUAUUGUAAUCCAGUGACCAUGUUGUUACCUUAACCAAAAAUGUUGGGAGGGAAUGAGAGGACGUGUCAUUUUCGUAAUAACUGACGGGACAAACUGCUCAAAACUGGUUCGGAGCCGCAGGAGGAAUCCACGCUUUGAGUUCAGAGAGUCAGAUCCUCAAAAACGUCACUUUAAAGCCCAUUUGAAGGUGUUAAAUUGUAAGAUGAACGGGGGUGGGCAAUAUGGGGCGAGAAUGCCUCACCUGUAAAAAGUCUUUGCUCCAUAUCGAAGUCUCUGUGCCCCACAUCACCCACGAAUGUCUCAAUGUUUCGAUUCACAACAGUCCUAUUGUUCAAAUUCCGGUGUUGGGUUGAGGCUUGGUUUGUCCUAAAUAUUCUGAUCCUGUUGAACCUAAAAGCCUUCUCUUGCUGAAUGUAUGCCAUACGAGAAGGAAGACAGCUAAUCAGAUAUAAACUGCCAUGUAAAUAAAUGGACAGAGAUUUAAAGAGGCUUUUAUGAUGCAAGGGGGUUGUGGGCAUUGCUGUAUGUGUUGCUGAGCGUCUGUGCGAUCUUUUUAGGUUUCAUGAUGCUUCUCUGGGUAGAACGUUGCUGUAUUUAACCUGUAUGUUACCCCCCCCCCCCCACACACACACACACACACACCCCAGAUCUAUCACAAGAGAGGAUCCAUUAUCUUUUAGUUCCUUUAUUGAGGCGGGCGUGAACAGGAGCGAGUCGUAACCACUUUGAACUCCUCGGUCCAAAGCGAGCACUGAGGACAUUCAGUUUAAGCACCUUGUGUUGCACUUCGACCUUGUAAUCAAAAUGAAAAUUGAUGCUCUAUUCUUUUAAAACGGUUACAGUACUCAUCCUGGACCCAUUAUCCGGUUAAAGGAUGAAAAGUGAUUCCAAUUGGGGGAGAAAACAGGCAGCUUAUUCAACGUGUUAAAUAAACACCGCGUCCAACUUUUUUCAGCUCCCAGCAUCGAUCCAGAGCCAAACUGUAAAAUCAAUGCGAUGGACAUUUCACUCAGGUUUGCUACCUUUCCAGAGAGAUGUAUUGAUCGCCGCAGCGUGGCUGUCCAUUGAUUUAUGUAGACUCACCCAUCCUCCCAAUAAUCAACUUGUUGAUUCAACCAUGCUGAAAGAUUUCCCUUGAAUUUUGAUUGGCUGAGAAAAAAGGAGGAUCUAUGGAGUGGAGUCAUAACCCUCGGAUUGUUAUUAACAAAACUCGCUGCCGUUCUGUUUUGAUCACUUGAGAGCUGUUUCAAACAAGGAGCAAGUGAUUGUUUUUAUCCAAGGGCUUCAUUACAUGGCUUGUAAACCCCGGCUCAUUGUCACUGUAGAGCAGCCACACCCCCGCUUUCCAUUUGAUCAGUUACGUGCACUAAACCUCGUUCUUCGUCAUACCCGGGUCACAGUGCUGCAGCCCGCUCCAUCAGCAACACAGGAACUUUGUUUUGCUUUUUUUUUUUUCCUAUGGGAAAGGUACAUGCCAAAAUGCCAAUACGAUUGUGAAUGAAUCGAGUCCAUUCGAGCUGUUGUGUGCUUCAAUACUGUUCCAGUGCAAUCAAUUGGUCCUCUUCCCUGUUCCUUUGUGCUAAUACCAGAGUUUGCCCUAUUAAGCUGCUAUCAGGACUGUGCUGAUAUUAUUUGAAUGAGUCCACAGUCAGUGAGAGCAAGACGGAAGGAGAGUUAAAGAGCUAAUGUUUCAGGCAAUAUCAGACACCGUCUCUGUUUCAUUGCAUCCAUCCAGUAAGAUACUGUAGUGUGUAAUUCACUCCCACUCAAAGGAUGGCAUCCCAGACACUUUGAUCAGUACCACUCUUGUUUCAACCCUCAGCCAUGAGGCCGAUACAGCUCUGGCCAAGCACAUACUUCUGUCAGUUAUCUGUUUUGUGUCUGUGUCACAAGUGUGUUCAGUCAGCUGGCGCCCAGCCACCGUCGAGCUGUGUGUGUGAUAUAGCGCUGUAUUUGCCUGAUGACGGGGGGUUCAAAGUGCGAUUGUUUAAUGGUUCUUCUUCUGGACCUUGCUGUGAAGUGGGAUUGAAAUCCCUCAUACAUGUUUGACACUGACUGACAAUUAUUGAGAGUUUCUAAGUUUCAAACCUCUCAUUCUUGCUGUACCAGAUAUUAAGGGUACCGAAUGCCUUGGUGUUGAUAUGUUAGCAAAUCAGGGUAUUCUUUUUGUUUGUAAAAGUGUCUUUGAUUUAUCAGUAUACUUUGUUUUGUUUGGUUAUUGUUUUUGCAAUGUGCCCCAUGCACAUGGACUGUAUAUACCUUGUGCCUAGUAUAUCUAGUUUCCACAUAGUCUAUUUUUGUGGUAUGUAUGUGCCUGUAAAAAUGCAAAUACGUGUUUUUAUUUUCAACUUGCAAUAUAUGUAAAAAAACAAACAAAAAAAAAACGUAGAUGAAGACUAGUAUUGCUGAAUUAAAAUGACAAUGUCAGUAUAUAUAAUUUUCCCUGAUUGGGAAACACAAAAUUGCACAUUUUUGUUGGUUUGAGCCUUCCAACACCAUGCGCGCUGUACUCUGUACUUUCAUGUUCUGUACAUAUGGUAUACACAGAGCUGUGGGGCACAUUGUUGUGUUUUACCACAACCUGCUGUAUAAGAAACAUUUUCUACAGUGAGAGGGUGAGCUCUGACAGGCUUCUGGUGGAUAUCGGCAGUCUAGACGUUAGCUUAGAUGACCUGCUUGAUGCACACAAAAAUGACAAAGAAAAUAAGAAAACUGUGGAGACGCCUGCACAAUAUAAAUACCGAAACAACAACUGUGCACAUGCUGGAUAGUUUUUCCCAAACCAUAAUGCUGCACAAGUCUUUAAACUCCGAUGCUGGUUGCACACUGAUCUGGUUUGCCAUUAAAAAUAAAAAAGAUCUCUCCAAGGCUGAAUUUGGCUCAGCAGUCACGAGCUCGACUCCCGGGUUGAGCUACCUUGACAGAUAACAGCAGAGUGCAUGCUUGUGUUUUUUCUUAUCUAAGCAGAGUUCUGUGUACAAUUCUUAGUGGGACCUUCUAAUCUAGACAUUGUCAUGUACCAACUACUGUACAAUGAUUUUAUUUAGUCUAACAGUUAAACCUUUGUGUCGUAGCUACUGUAGCCUGCUUAGCUUACCUAAGCCUUCUCUCUGCUUCAGGACUCUGUGUAUUGUGUGCUUGAGUUUGUGUGUGCGUGUGUGUGUUCCUGUGCCUUUCCUUCUAUAAUGUUGGUCCCACUUGAGAAUAUGAUGCCAUUUAGGGGGUUUGAAACCCAUGUGAGGCUGAGAGAGACGCCAGCACAAGCUGGAAAAGUGUUAACACGGUCACGACUUCACUUGUUCUUUAAAAAAAAAACAACACUGUAAUGCUCCUAGAAAAGACUUCAGCACAUCCCUAGACUUAGUAGCAUUCCACAGCCUGCACGAGGAGCUCGGUGUGGGCAUCCAGACACACUUUACCAGCACCAUGUAGACAACAGCACAGAUAUCUGACACAGCAUGUGUCCUCUCUCUCUUUCUCUCUGGAGGCCAAUCUGCAACCAUCUCAGGCUGUGCUCUGCUUCUGCUCUUAAUGAAAAGGUUCAAGUAUUUCAGAACUCCAGCUCUGUCUAAGUUGAUGUCUACAGUCCAGGGGCAAAUCAGCUCCCGGCCCGAGCCGCAGCACUUCCAAAUCGAUCUCAAAGGAUCAGGGGGAUACUGUACUUGCGAUGCUGGCGAUGUUUUGUCGCCAUCCAGUCCUUUCAGACUGAGAUGCACAGCUGGCGGCAGUGGGCGCGGGGGCUGAUUUGAGCCUGCGUCCAAAAGGCUGUCUUGUCCACCACCUCUGCUGGCCGAGAAUACAGAGCCACACCCUGGUCUCUCUCAAUAAGCUGGUCUGUCAGUCAGUGGCAAUGUCGUUUAAGCGUUCGUAAAAAGACGAUACAUUGUUGUGCAAUAAAAAGAUGAGCGCAUUGGCAUACUUA